CCCUUCAGCCCCUCCGGCGGCAGCAAGCCGGCGCUGGCCCUCGGCCUCCCCUACCGGCGGGCGCGCGCGGCGCCGGGAGCUGACCGUGGUGCUGAGCGCGCGGCUCGGGCUCGGGCUCGGGCGCGGCUCCCGGCCCUGCCAAGGCCGUGUCCUGCGACACUCCCGGCCCCAGCGCAGCUAGGGGCACUGGCAGCAUGGAGCUAAAGAGAGGAAAGACCUUCAUCAAAUCCAGCCUGCAGAUUUCCCACGAGAAACCCCUAGACCCAGCAGCCACUGUCCUGGCCAGGGAGGAUGCAGGCCCCUGGUCAGUCUCACCGGAAGGGCAGCAGCAGCCCCACGGUGAGAAGGGCCCCCAGGUCAGCCCCAGCACCCAAGGACAUGACAAAUGUUCCAACAAGGGGGGACAGCCAGACCCUGAGGUGGGUGCUGCAGCUUUCUGUGGGGCCACCUUCAAACUGGUGCGGAAGAGCAAGACUCACGACAAUGUGCCUGAGGCUGGCCGGGCGGGCGCAGCCACGGGGCAGCUGGUGGGCAGUGCAAGCUUCCCAGGGCCCUCCGGCAGCCAGCGCAUGAUUGACUACCGCCACUUUGUGCCCCAGAUGCCCUUCGUGCCAGCCGUGGCCAAGAGCAUCCCAAGGAAGAGAAUUUCCCUGAAACGACCCAAGAAGUGCUUUCGGAACCUCUUCCACAUUCGCAGAAGCAAGACUGAGAACUUGGCCUCGCUGGCGACCAGCGGGAAGAGCCUUUCCUCCCCCGGGGGCCCCUCAGAGGCUGGAGGGCAGCCAGGCAAAGCCUUCUUCCCCUGGGGCGAGGGGCUGGCGUCCGAUGGCCUGUGCCAGGACCUCUCUGACAGCGAGCUCUUGCCUGACUCUUCCUUCGACCUCUGCAGUGCCCUGUGUGAGGACGUGGCCUCACUCAAGAGCUUUGACUCACUCACGGGCUGCGGGGAGAUCUUUGCAGAUGAGAGCUCAGUGCCAUCCCUGGAGCUGAAUGAGGGCCUGGAGAGCCCAGCCGGGGCAUCGCAAGCCCUUGAGAGCAAGGUUCCCAGGGGCCCCUUCCAGGGCAGUGUGGAGCAACUGGCUUCGCCUGCCCAGAACGAGAUGUCUGACUUCGCCAAGUUCUGGGACAGUGUGAAUCAGUCAGUGAAGCAGCAGCAGCGGGUCCUCCUGGGCCCUUGGCUGGGGGUUCCCCAGGGGACAGACACAGACCAGCCCAGACUGGAUGCAGCUGGUCUUGCUGAGCUCCCUCUGUGCCCCUGCAAGGACCCCCACAGUGGCUCCAAAGCCAGUUCCGUAGACACAGGCACCCCCAAGAGUGAGCAGCCUGAAUCCCUCUCCACGAGUGACGAGGGCUACUAUGACUCCUUCUCACCGGGCCUCGAGGAGGACAAGAAGGAAGCCCUGAGCCCAGGUAUGCCUGCAGCUACCUUCCCCCGGGACAGCUACAGUGGAGACGCCCUCUAUGAGCUCUUCUAUGACCCACGUGAGGGCCCUAUUGGCCCGAGCCUUGAUGAUGAGCUGUGCGUGUCCGAGAGUCUGUCAGGGCCAGCACUGGGGGCACCACUAUCCAUGUGCAGCUUCCACGUCGGGGCGGAGGAGAACUUGGCUCCAGCGCUGGGCCCAGACCUGCUCAGCCAGGGCUUCUUGCAAAGCUCCUGGAAGGGCAAGGAGUGCCUGCUGAAGCUCUGUGACACUGAGCUUGCCAUCACCAUGGGCAUCAUCAACUGGCUCCGCCGUGGCCCUGAGCCCCGCAGCCCACCUACCUCGGCCCCUGGGGAGCCCACAGCCCUGUCCGGGGAGCUGUCGGGGAAGCUGCGAGGUGACUCUGAGAAGAAGGGCCCAGGUCCAGCAAAGCUGGAGGGCAGGGGGUCCCAGGCCUCAGAGGCAGGUUGGAUAACCGUGGGCUCAGCACCCAGCAGACAGGAGCCCUGGGCAGGUUCAGUCACCAAGGACCUGCUUGCUGGAGAGAGCGAGGUUCUAGCAGGGGCUGAGCGGGGGGCCAGCUCGCUGUCCAGGGACCCAUCUCUGGAUGGUGUGCAGGUCUCUGGGGAAGAAGGGACACAAGGCCACCCUGAAGGCUCAUUCUCCUCUGUGGGGUCUGCAGCCUCUGCAACAACAGACACUUCCAGCAAAAACAAGGUCCCAAAUCCCUCAGCCUGGCCUGGCUCCCAGGAGCCUAGGCCAUCUGGGAACCUGGGGUGUUUGCAAAGUCCCUGGAGGUCAGGUCUUGGUGGAAGCACCCUGGAUGCAGAGCCCACCCUGACAGGCUGUGUGGCUCAGGUGGCAGCACUGCAGAUCCACCCAGACUGCCAGCCCCCUGCUGCACAGCCCUCAAGGCCAGAUAUGGGCAGUGGGCUCUGCGGGCAGCCUCAGGCUAGGAGCCCUGACAUUCUGCAGCAGAGGCAGCCUAACAGCUUCCAUAGCGUGGCUGCCAUCUGUGUCCUGCCCUCCCUGGGCAGCCCACUCCACAGCCCACAGGACCAGAGGUGCCCGGGCCGCAUCCUGGACCUGAGCCGGCUCAGGGUGGAGCCUACCAGGCUGCAUGCCCAGACCAGUGCCUCUCUGGAGGACCUUCCCCUGCAGCUCAGCUUGAGGGCCCCGGAACAGGCAGCACACGGGGGCCAGCUGGACUCGUAGCCUCGUUCAGGCCCUGCUGCCGGGCUGAGCCCCCGGGGCCACCUGCUCACUUCUGACAGCCAGCAGGAGGGCCCCCCCGCAAGUGCUCCAGAAAGCCGCUGCAGCUUCCUGGCCCUUGAGGGCCUCCUCUGCAACCAGCUAGAAGUGGGGGCCCUCCGGCCAGCCAUGGCUGAGCCCCACCUGUAGGAUGGGCUUGCACUCACCAGGAGCUGUGUCUUUGUGGGCACAUUCAGGAGAAUCUAAGACCCAAAUCUCCAUUGUUUGUCCCUGAUGUGAGAACUGUGUUGGCUGGUAAGGAGGUGGCAGGAUUCAGGCAAGUGGGGUGGGGCAUUUGAAUGUGGAGGCAUCCAUGCCUAAACCCACCAGCUCAGCCAGAACAGGUACAGGACAGCCCAAGGCCAAGGACAGUUGCAAAUCUGCCAGUACUCUCAAAGUGUGCCUCACUGAUUUCCCCACAAGGAAAUGAAGAGUCCAAUCCUGGGGGUUGGCUGUGAAGUGGCCACCCUGGCUGCUCCUCGCACAGCAUGUCAGAGAGAGGAGCUCAGGCUUGAUGCUGAUAGGAAGGAAAUGGUACAUAUUGUAAACCAGAGCAGAGCAAGCCAGUAAGUCUGCACAGGGGUUGAGAAUAAUAAGCAUGUGGAGUGGGAGACAGGCAGAUGGAGGGCUGCAGAUGAGCUCAAGAGUGCCCACGGGCCCCUUGCAGCCUGCUCUCUGCCCAAGACAAGCAGCCACAACAUACUGGGGCUGAGGGCUCUGUGGGAACAGGAAGCAAGACCAGCCCUGUCUCAGCAAAAGCCUUGGAACUGGCAGAUGCCGUGAUUACUGUGCAAACAGGGCUGCCAAGACCCUGGGGACCCUGGUCCAUGGGUACCGGUGAAUUCUCGGUCACAAAUCAUCCCAUAAAAACAAUAAUUUCUCCCAACAUGACUCUCUAACUGAGCCAUGGUUGGCAAAAUUCUCUUUAGGAAGAAGUUGAUUGAUUUUUCACAACUCUGCCAUUCUCGCCCCUCCAUACUCUCAGCAUCCCUGACUCCCCUUCAGGAAAACUCACCUCUGAAUGGCCUGUACUCCUUAAACCAGAGAAGGCACAGCACCAACACCCAGAAUUGUGGAGGGAGAAGGUGGCCUGGUACUCAGGAAGGGCAGGGGUCCUCUCUGGUCGGCAUCAGGAUGGCAGGUGCAGCGACAAACCGCCCAUCAAGGUUCUCUUUGGUUAGGUCCUGCCUCAGGCAACCUGCCACAAUGAGAUGCCAAGGAUGGAUGGAUGCCGCAGGCAGCUGUGAGAUAGUUUCUGGAGGAAGGGCCAGCAUAGAAAGGGGGUGGGUCAGGUGAUGGGGGCGGAAUUCUGGAGAGAGGGAUGCAGUCUCACAGCUGACCCAUGCUGGUGCCUUUCUCAACUGUCUGGGGCUUUGUUUCAGGCUAGAAAAUGUUCCAUGGCCCUUGUUAACAACUGCUCACUGAGGCCUACUGUGUGCAGGAUGCAGACAGCACAUCAUAGGUUCAGAAGGGCCCAGCAAGGCUCCUCACCAGGCCCACCUAGACCUGGGACACCGAGGAAGGUCAGGACCAGCCUUCCUGGGAAGCCAAACUUGACCUUUGCAAACCAUCACAACAGCGUUCUUGAGCGUCGCUGUGAGCAGGCUACGCACAGGACAGCUCACCUCAUCCCUGCCUCACCCUGAGCACAGUUGUUCUCCUCAUUCCUCAGACAUGGAAACCGAGGCAUGAGUGCUGAUGCAGCUUGCUAAUGGACACACACAGCUAGCAUGCAGCAUUGAUGGGGUUUGAGUCCUACCCCCUGGUCAAAAGGUCCAGCUCUUCACCAGGCUCUGGAACUUCUCUUGCUGAAUGCCUGCAGCGAACGCCUCUCUCAAACCUUCAUCCUCCUUUCUUUCAGGGCACAGAUGUCUGAACACCUCUGGGUGCCAGCUGCCUGUUUCCCUGUAAGAGGCUGAGAGCCAGGGGUGGGCGCCCUACAUUCAGCCACGCCCUGUCACUCUGUACUAUGCCUGAGCAGAGCACUGUUCAGUCAAUACUUGUGGGAAUAAUGAAAUGUCAAAAGGUUGCACGUGGUUUUAUGAUUUCUUCCUGAUGACAAGCCUGUGUCUGGAGAGAGCAGAGUUAGGGUUUUACCUUGGCAGAAGUUCUGAUGGAGAGUUUCCUGGAUGUAUCUGGUGACUGGUAGUGAUGGGGGAGAACCCAGCCAGGCCCAAGGGCACUGGGAAAGGCAGGAACAAAGGUGGUCCAGGCAUGGUCAGGAGGGGCCUAGGGUCAGGAUGACAGGAACAAAGGGGAUCCAGGACCCAGAGGCCAUGGCGAGGUGGUGUCUGCAGUGACCUGGCAGCAGGACAGCAGAAACAAGGAACUGGGGCCAUGCCUAUCUAGGAAAAACCACUGGCCCAGUGGCUCUCGAUCUGGGGAGCAUCUUAAGCAAUCCCUGCAUCCCAGAGAUUCUCACUCUCAGCACUCUUGGAGGAGGUCCCAGCAGUGGGCUGCUGGGUGCCUUGCUGGGGGAAUGGAGGAGGGUAGUAUGACCUUCCUCUUGCAUCCAGUGGGUCCAAGUCUCCCUCAGCCCAUCUCGCUCUCUGUACCCACCCUGCAGGCUGCCCUCCCCUGCAAGAGAAGUCCAGGCACGGCUCAAGGACAUCCUCAAGGUGACCCACUGAGGGGAAAGGAUAACUGCAGGCCAGCUCCUGUGACAGAAGCCCAGCCCGUGCUGGGAGAGAAGAGGCCUGGUUGGGGCAUUUUCAGAACUCUGGCCACGUUUAACCCGCUCAUUCACACGUGGCUAUAGUGGUUAUAGGGUAUUUUUCCCAAGGAAAAUAUCCUGAGAAGUAGAUCCAGUUGUCCCAGUUCACAGCUGUCCCCAGGGUCACACAGUGGUAAGUUGGGGGCUGGAAUUCACCCUGGGGCCUAUGCUCUGUACCUUACAACCUUCUGAGGUUGCUCUGGGAACUGGGAGAUGCUGAGAGGGAUCUGGGCAACCUCCCUGCCUGCUCUAACAGUGGGGGAGGCCUGAGCCCUACAGCAGGGUGGCUGGGGUGGAACAGGAGGCCAGG